ACGGUCACAUUGCAUUCGCAGCGACGACGGAAAGCAUGUCAGGCGAGUUCUUACGCGCACGACAGUUAAAAUAAUUUACUAUAUAUAUAUAAAUAUAUAUAGAGCAAAAAGAACAAGUACGAACAAAAAUCUUUUAGAUUAAAAAAGCUGAGUUAUUCCGGUGUAUUGUGUAAAAGAAGACCAUUGCCAAGCCUUUGAGAUUGAGUGUUAUAUGUGACUUAUCAAGAAAAAUUUUGACACACGGCACACACACACAUACACACAAUCGCUUCAUAGACGUAGCGAGUGAAAAUUGCAAGUAACAAGCAGUCAAACAAAAUUGUUGGUUUCACCUUUGCCACCUGCUUAUACAAAAUGCCGAUACUUGCCUAUAAGGAACAGCGCAUUCUCAGCCCCCAGCAACUGCGCAAGCUAAGCGAACACAAAUACUCGUGCUUCAGCGCAAGCCUGCUGGAUCCUUUGCUACAGCCCUGGUGGAAUUGGUUGGUCUCCCAAACGCCACUUUGGCUGGCACCUAAUCUGAUAACAAUCGUCGGUCUAAUACUCAACAUUGUGACCACGCUGAUAUUAAUUUGCUAUAGUCCAAAUGGGGUCGAGCCACCGCCACGUUGGACUUGCUUUCUCUGUGCUCUGGGUCUGUUCGUCUAUCAAAGUCUAGACUCGAUUGAUGGCAAGCAGGCGCGACGUACCAACACGUCAUCGCCGCUUGGCGAACUUUUCGAUCAUGGCUGUGAUUCCAUAUCAACUAUAUUUGUGGCGCUAUCGGCGUGCAUAUCCUGUCAACUUGGUCACUAUCCAAACUGGCUAUUCUUUCAGUGCUUUUGCGCCAUUGCGUUGUUUUAUUGCGCACACUGGCAGACAUAUGUGUCUGGAACGAUGCGCUUCGGCCGCAUCGAUGUAACUGAGGCUCAAUUCUCCAUUAUUGCUAUACAUUUGGUCUCAGCCGUGCUGGGGCCCGAGAUUUGGCUGACGAAGAUGCCAAUCGUGGGAGUUUCAUGGAAUUAUACAAUAUUAGUAUUUAUCACUUUCGGUUAUACGUUGAAUAUAAUCAAUUUUCAAAAAAUGUUUAUUGAAGGCGGCAGUGGCAAAAACGGCUCAUCAGUUGCUAUGCCUUAUCUUGAGUGUGAAACACGCUGCUUGCCGUUUUAUAUGGCCAGUGGAGUUGACUUCAGUUUAGCAUUACGUUACUCAAAAUCCAUUUUAAACGAGGGCUGUGGGAAGAAUGGAUCAUCUGUUGCAGGAACCAGUGUACUAUCGCCUAGUAUACCACUGACACUUGUAGUGCUGCCCGCGCUGAUGAUAGCGCAAAAGUCGCCGGAAAAUAUUUUUACGGAGCACGCUUCAGUUUUUAUUCUGGCUUUUGGCAUGGUGGCGGCCAAAAUUACCAACAAGCUGGUGAUAGCGCACAUGACCAAAGCGGAGAUGGAGUAUCUGGACUGGUCGCUGCUGGGUCCUGCUUUAUUGUUCCUGAAUCAGUACUUUAACUGUAUUGUCCCAGAGAUUUGGCUGCUUUGGUUUACGCUAGCCUGGGGCACACAGGAUCUUCUGCGCUAUUGUGCGCAGGUUUGUCUAGAAAUUUGCCAACAUCUGCGCAUCGAUCUAUUCAGAAUACCGCAUGGCCCUAAGGUGUUAAACACCUCUUCGGUGGGGAGCCAGAGCAACGUUGGAGCUGAUAAAAAUGGUGGCACAUCACAUAGAAAGUCAAAAAGCAAAGCGCACUAAAUUAAUGUUCGCUCCGGUUUCAUUCAAAUUCACAUAUUUUUCAAAUAUUUACGGUAUUAGCGCAAGCUAAACAAAUUUUAAACUCAACCCAACUAAAUUUACCGUCGAAAUGUUAAAAUAUAACAAAUAAUAGCAUAA